GUCCGCCAAGUGGCGAACUGCAGCUUUUCACCGCUCUACCAGAAUUUACACAGCAGAAGAAGAACGCUUUCCCACUCAACAUAAGUCUCCUCGGAGUCCUUGAGGUUGUGUCUUGUCUUUUAACCUCCAUGCUGUCCUGCUUGUCUCCGUUUGUUGACUAUAGACGCUUGAAAUAAACCGCUUCCUUGGAUCAUCUAGUGUCUCAACAUUGGGAUUUUUAUUUCUAAGGAAGUCAUGUUUAGAAGAAGCAUACCCUUCACGCAGAUGGUCUUUGUCACACUGCUAGGAUUUGGUGGUGGUAUUUAUAUCUACAGACCUUACUUUGACCCGAUGCUGAAGAGUUCAGGACAGCAAAACCAGGAUGUGCCAAAGAAACAGAGUGAAACAGACGGUUCGUCACAAUAAUUCAUCACUUCACAGACAGAAGCCAGAGGAACAACAUCAAAGGCUGCUGGACUGUCAGAUGAUGGAGGCUGAACUAAAGACAAGACCAGCAUGGAUAAAGUCAUGCUCUUUGAGGGAUUGUUGAUGCGCAAAAAUAAAAUAUUUAAUAAUGUGACCUCCUGAA